AUGAGCAAUCUCAGCAUGUCUCCCGGCCUCUUGAAGGCCAUGAUAGCCCGUGUCCCGCUCAUUUUAAAGACAGUCCUUCUUCAUGGAAUGCGCCUGUCUCCUGUCUCUGGCAAACAAGAUCUUCGCACGGAGUUAACGGUUGUCAUCAUUCGCUCUUUCAUGAACUUCCUCCUGCCUAUCGGUCUCCAGCAAAAACAAAGCAUGCGCGACCCCGGCAUUAAGGGGCCCAUGUGGGUGUCUAAAGUCACAUUUCCUGCACCUGAGGAUGCGGUUCAAGAUGCAGUCUUGAAAGCGAUUGAUGAUCUUAAAGCAGGUGGCGAGACUUUUGAUAUACCAGCUGUCAAGCCUGUCGAGGCCGAGUGGACUGGGAAUCGCAGCGGAGUAGGCAACAACGCACCGCAGCCUGACGUAUCAGAGGAAGAGAAGUACAAGAAGUUACAGGGGGAGUCGCAGUCGGAUAUGGUGAUUUUGUAUUUCCACGGAGGGGCGUACUUUUUGAUGGAUCCGUGUACGCACCGCCCUGCGGUGGCCCGUCUUUCCAAACAAACGGGUGGUCGUGUUCUAUCGGUGCGCUACCGUCUUGCUCCUCAGCAUCCCUUUCCGUCGGCGCUCCUUGACGCCUUGGUCGCCUACCUCUCGCUCCUCGCACCGCCACCCGGUUCAUUGCACGAAGCUGUGCCCGCCAACAAGAUAGUCUUCUCCGGCGAUUCGGCAGGAGGCAACCUGUGCUUGGUUCUGCUUCAAACCCUCCUUACCCUUCGGCGCAUCGCUCCCACAAUCCGCUUCCACGGGCGAGAAAUCCCCAUUGAGAUUCCUGCCGGAUUGGCUUUAAGCUCUCCCUGGUGCGACGUCACACGAUCCAUGCCCUCCGUCGUUCACAAUGCGCCUUACGACUAUCUAGCACCUCCGCCUCAAGACCACGAGGUAGCCUAUCGCCCCCCGCCAGUCACCGUGGACGAGUCAUGGCCCACCAACCCCCCACGUGUCGAUCUCUUCGCGAACGCAAACGCUCUCAUCCAUCCGCUUGUCAGCCCCCUGGCAGCACAAAAGGACCUCUGGAAGGACGCCCCCCCCCCUCUUCGUCUCCGUCGGUGA